CGCUACGGGCGGCUCGGGUCCGAGCGUCAGCUGAGGAUCAUGCUGCUGUAGUUCACCUUCACAGACAGUGGGAUCAGUGGGAUCAGUGGGGCCGGAGAGAACAUUACCCUGACCGCUCUCCACAGCUCCAUCAUCUACAAUCAGGAUGCAGGCUCCAAGACCAAAAACAAAGAGCUGUGGGACAAUCUGUCUCAAAUAUCUGCUUUUUCUUUUCAACAUUCUUUUCUGGCUGGCAGGAGGGACCGUGCUGGCGGUGGGAGUGUGGACUCUGGUGGAAAAGAACGACUACAUCAGUUUACUGAACUCCAGCUUCUACUCGGCGUCGGCUUACAUCCUGAUAGCCGCUGGGCUCGUUGUGAUAGUGACGGGCUUGAUCGGAUGCUUUGCCACUCUGAAGGAGGCGAGGAGUCUUUUGAUCGUGUAUUUGGUUUUGUUGCUCUGUGUUUUCCUGCUGGAGGUCAUUGCUGGUGUCCUGGCUUACAUUAACCACCAAGAGUGUUUCCCUUUCUGCAACCAGCUGGAUGAGGAGCUCAGACAGAAUCUGAAAGGGACCAUGGAGAUGAAAUACGCUCAGCCAGGAGAGGAGAGCAUCACAGAGGCUAUUGACAAACUUCAGCAGGAGUUUAAGUGUUGUGGAAGUAACAACUCCUCUGAGUGGAAAGAGAGCCUGUUCAUCCUGGCUGCAGGGAAUCCUCGGAUUGUUCCUGACAGCUGCUGUAAAACUCUCGGCGAAUUCUGCGGCCGUAGGGACCAUCCGUCCAACAUCUACAAGGUGGAGGGAGGCUGCAUCAUGAAGUUAGAAGAGUUCAUCCAGAGUCAGUUAUAUAUUCUCGGUUCAGUGGGUAUUGGGAUUGCAUUUCUGCAGCUUGUGGGGAUGAUGUUCACGUGUUGCCUUUAUCGGAAUCUGAAUGAAGAGUCAUACUGAUUUUGUGCUUGAUUUAGUUUUCACCUUUUUUUUUUAAUCCCAGACGUGUCCACAACUCAGUGAUGGUGUGAAGCUGCCCUUUCAAAUUAUGAAAUGAUGGUUUCCGAAAUGCAAACCAGAGACACUAUAAUGCUGCUGGACAGCACUGCAAAAUUAAAUUGCAUGCUCAUGUACAGUAUCUUCCAUUUGUGAUGUAACCACAAUGUCUGGAUGGACUUCCAAUCAAUAUGAACAUACUGUGGAUAAUUUUUGCAUCAAGAGUUGGUCUUGUUUUUUUUUUAACCAUUUAUGAAGGAAACCUCUUUAAAAGAGAGAUAUAAAGAUAGGUAGAUAAUAUAUUUUUGUUUGGAUGCAAAUAAAAGACUUGUCAUUCAUUA